AUGUCCGGCUUGGAAUUAGAAAUAAUUCCCUCAUUAUCACCUAAGUCGACUGCUGCUGGUCUUCUCGUCUUGCCAGUUGAGAUUCGCCACCAGAUCAUCAGACUGGUGCUCGCUGUGCCGCACCUCCCCAUCUUUUUCCAGGAUUACGGAGGUCCACUGGAGUAUCGCAUGCCCCUUAAGCCAGCUGCAUGGCUCGCACUAUUGUAUACCUGUCGGCAAUUAUUCCAUGAUGCUAGGCCAAUUUUAUACGGUGCGAAUUGCUUCACUCUCGAAGAAGUGGAAACGAGGAACCACCGGAGCAACGUUCUGGGAUUGUUCAUAAGAAGCAUUGGAUCCAAUGCAGGUUUUCUGUCCAAAUUGCGUAUCUCUUUUCCCGCUACGGAACAAGUAGAUGGCCAGCAAGGAGAAAUCCGUCUCAGAGAAGACGCAUUACGGAAUUUGGAGCUUCUUCGGAAGGAGUGCACCGGGCUAAGAACACUGGAAGCUUCUAUUUAUGGCGAGAGGCGGUACCUGAUUGAAGAAAAUCACUCCAUUUUAGAUUCUGUUGGUGAAAUUUUGAAGGAAAUCGACUCCGAGUUUCGAAAGAUCGCUUCUCUGAACACCAUCAUUGUUGAAUACUGCAGUGAACUCCCAGACCAGUCGAUCAAAAACAUCUUGGAUAGCCUGGAUUGGACUGUCAAGGGCCCCAAUCGUCAAAAAGAUGAAAUGGCGCUUUCCCUCUGGGCUUGGGGUUUAUACUUGGGUGAUUAA